AUUAUUGCUGUAAAACAAAAAGCGACUAUAAUCGCGAAACGUCGAGAUGCAUCUCGCGAUCUCCUCAUCAAGAAUCAAAUGGAAAUAAUGUCUCCGCAGACUGCGCGGUGGGGCCAGGCUCCGCACCGCCUUCAGUUUUUGUUCGCACCUGGAUAGUCGGUCGAUCCCGGCAAACGCGUGGCGUAACCGAGCCGGCCUCGUUCCAAUCUAUAAGUACACCGCACCUGAUCGACAAGCCUUCAACAAAUCCAGCAGACCCCCUGAUUUCGAUCGAAAACAUCGCGGCAAUCCUCCUUCAAGAUGCAGAUCUUCGUGAAGACCCUCACCGGGAAGACUAUCACCCUCGAGGUGGAGUCCUCCGACACCAUCGACAAUGUUAAGGCGAAGAUUCAAGACAAGGAGGGCAUCCCGCCGGACCAGCAGCGUCUGAUCUUCACAGGCAAGCAGCUCGAGGAUGGCCGUACUCUUGCUGAUUACAACAUUCAGAAGGAGUCCACCCUGCACCUGGUGCUCCGCCUCCGUGGUGGCCAGUGAUUUCUUUGGAAGAUCGGUUCACAGGUCCCGGUAGUUGUCUCUAUGGUUAUGUGUGAGUCGUGUCAUUGUGUGUUACUGUUGUCAGUGUCUUAGUCCCGUAUUUUGUGUGCGAACAUCUGUUGCUGCUGUGUAGCAUUGUGGCCACUGUUAGGCUGAUCACAGUGGGAAGGAACUUAGGAGUAACAUCACACACUUCAAUACAACUUUGCUUAUGUGGCAUGUAUUUAAUGAAGAGAGAGGUGCUUGUGGUAACUAGCUAAGUUACCGGAACAUCACACACUUCAAGAAA